AGACGUGAGGCUUGCCGCAGGCCAAGGAGGAGGAGGAAGGUGCUGUCGGAGCCGAGGUGGUGGCUCCUGCCUUAGUGGCCUCUGAGGGUCCCGGCCUGAGGAGGCAGACCUGGGCUGGGGGCCGGGGCUCUGGAAUGCAGCCUCCUUCUCUGCUGCUGCUGUUGCUGCUGUGUUGCUCAGUCGUGGAGACCAGAGGGCUGCCGUGCGGGAGUUUCUCAGGACCCUGUGCCAACGGAGGCACCUGCCUUAGCCUUUCUGAGGGCCAAGGCACCUGCCAGUGUGCCCCUGGCUUCCUGGGUGAGACAUGCCAGUUUCCUGACCCCUGCCAGGAUGUCCAGCUCUGCCAGAACGGAGGCAGCUGCCAAGCCCUGCUUCCUGCCCUUCCAGGCGCCCCCAGCCCUCCGUCUUCCGUGACCCCCAGCUUCUUCUGCACCUGCCCCUCUGGCUUCACUGGCGAGAGGUGCCAGGCCAAGCUCAAAGACCCCUGUGCUUCCUUCUGUUCCAAAAUGGGCCACUGCCACAUCCAGGCCUCUGGACGCCCACAGUGCUCCUGCUUACCUGGAUGGACAGGUGAGCAGUGCCAGCUUCGGGACUUCUGCUCAGCCAACCCCUGCAUGAACGGAGGGGUGUGCCUGGCCACCUACCCCCAGAUCCAGUGCCGCUGCCCACCUGGCUUCGAGGGCCACGCCUGUGAACACGAUGUCAAUGAGUGUUUCUUAGACCCGGGACCCUGCCCCAGAGGCACCUCUUGCCAUAACACCUUGGGGUCCUUCCAGUGUCUCUGCCCCGCUGGGCGGGAAGGUCCAAGCUGUGAACUCUGGCCAGGACCCUGCCCUCCAACGGGCUGUCCCAAUGGGGGCACCUGCCAGCUGGCUCCAGGGAGAGAUUCUACCUUCCACCUCUGCCUCUGCCUCCCAGGUUUCACAGGCCCGGGCUGUGAGGUGAGCCCAGAUGACUGUGCCAGGCACCAGUGUCAGAACGGGGGCACCUGCCAGGAUGGGCUGGGCACCUACACUUGUGUCUGCCCAGAGGCCUGGACAGGCUGGGACUGUUCUGAAGAUGUGGACGAGUGUGAGGCCCAGGGUGGCCCUCGCUGCAGGAACGGGGGUACCUGCCAGAACUUGGCUGGCAGCUUCCACUGUGUGUGUGUAAGCGGCUGGGGAGGCAUAGGCUGCGAGGAGAACGUGGACGACUGUGUCGCUGCCACCUGUGCCCCGGGAUCUACCUGCAUCGACCGUGUGGGCUCCUUCUCCUGCCUCUGCCCACCGGGCCGCACAGGCCUGCUGUGUCACAUGGAGGACAUGUGUCUGAGUCAGCCGUGCCAUGGGGAAGCCCAGUGCAGCACCAACCCCCUGACGGGGGCCACGCUCUGCCUGUGUCAGCCUGGAUACUCAGGGCCCACCUGCCACCAGGACCUGGACGAGUGUCAGAUGGCCCAGCAAGGCCCCGGUCCCUGUGAACACGGCGGCUCCUGCCUCAACACCCCCGGCUCCUUUGACUGCCUCUGUCCCCCUGGCUAUACGGGCUCCCGCUGCGAGGCCGAUCACAAUGAAUGCCUGUCCCAGCCCUGCCACCCAGGCAGCACCUGCCUCGACCUGCUCGCCACUUUUCACUGCCUCUGCCCACCAGGCUUAGAAGGGCCGCUCUGCGACACAGAGACAGAUGAGUGUGCCUCAGCUCCUUGCAUGAACCAGGCUGACUGCCAAGACCAGCGCAACAGCUUCCUGUGCAUCUGUCUGCCUGGAUUCACAGGCUCCCGGUGUGAGGAGGACAUCAACGAGUGUGGAAGCUCUCCCUGUGCCAAUGGUGGGCAGUGCCAGGACCAGCCUGGAUCCUUCCAUUGCGAGUGUGCCCCAGGCUUUGAAGGCCCACGCUGUCAGGUGGAGGUGGACGAGUGUCUGAGUGGCCCAUGCCCCACUGGCGCCAGCUGCCUUGACCUCCCAGGAGCCUUCUUCUGCCUCUGCCCCUCUGGCUUCACAGGUCAUCUCUGUGAGGUUCCCCUGUGUGCUCCCAAUCUGUGCCAGCCCAAGCAAAAAUGCCAGGGCCGGGGGGACAAGGCCCAGUGCCUCUGCCCGGAUGGAAGCCCUGGCUGUGCUCCCGCGGAGGACAACUGCACCUGCCUCCAUGGGCACUGCCACAGAUCCUCAUGUGUGUGUGACAUGGGUUGGACAGGACCAGAGUGUGAGGCAGAGCUGGGAGGCUGUGUCUCCACACCCUGUGCCCAUGGGGGGACCUGCCACCCCCAGUCCUCUGGCUACAAUUGCACCUGCCCCACAGGCUACACAGGGCCCACCUGCAGCGAGGAGAUAACAGCAUGUCACUCAGGACCCUGUCUCAAUGGUGGCUCCUGCAGCCCCAGCCCUGGGGGCUACUCCUGCACCUGCCCUCCAAGCCACACUGGGCGCCACUGCCAAACUAGCACCGACCACUGUGCUUCUGCCCCGUGCCUCAAUGGGGGUACCUGUGUGAACAGGCUUGGCACCUCCUUCUGCUUCUGUGCCGUGGGCUUCCAGGGCGCACACUGUGAGCGAAGGAUCCAUCCCAGCUGCGCAGACAGCCCCUGUAGGAACAGGGCCACCUGCCAAGAUGGCCCCCAGGGCCCCCGCUGCCUAUGCCCCACUGGCUACACAGGAAGCAGCUGUCAGACUCUGCUGGACGUGUGUGCUCAGAAGCCCUGCCCACACAACUCCCACUGCCUCCAGACUGGGCCCUCUUUCCAGUGCCUGUGCCUCCAGGGAUGGACGGGGUCUCUCUGCAACAUCCCGCUGUCCUCCUGCCAGAAGGCCGCCCUGAGCCAAGGCACAGCAGUCUCGUCCCUGUGCCAGAACGGAGGCCUCUGUGUUGACAGUGGCCUGUCCUAUUUCUGUCACUGUCCCCCUGGAUUCCAAGGCAGUAUGUGUCAGGACAAGGUGAACCCAUGUGAGUCCGGGCCCUGCCAGCAUGGGGCUACCUGCGUGGCCCAGCCCAACGGCUAUCUCUGCCAGUGCGCCCCAGGCUACAGUGGACAGAACUGCUCAAAGGAAACCGACGCUUGUCAAUCCCAGCCCUGUCACAACCAUGGGACCUGCACCCACAAACCUGGAGGCUUCCACUGCACCUGCCCCCCAGGCUUUGUGGGACUGCGCUGUGAGGGGGACGUGGAUGAGUGUCUGGACCAGCCCUGCCACCCCACGGGCACUGCAGCCUGCCACUCUCUCGCCAACGCCUUCUACUGCCAGUGUCUGCCUGGACACACAGGCCAGUGGUGUGAAGUGGAGAUAGACCCCUGCCAGAGCCAGCCCUGCUCCCAUGGAGGGUCUUGUGAAGCCACAGCAGGACAAUCCCCAGGUUUCACCUGCCACUGUCCCCAGGGUUUUGAUGGCCCCACAUGCAGCCACGCAGCCCCCUCCUGCGGCCCCCACCACUGCCACCAUGGUGGCCUAUGCCUGCCCUCCCCCAAGUCUGGCUUUCCACCCCGCUGUGCCUGCCUCAAUGGCUACAGCGGUCCUGACUGCCUGACCCCACCUGCUCCUCAAGGCUGUGGCCCGCCUUCUCCAUGCCUGCACAAUGGCAGCUGCUCAGAGACCUCCCAGCUGGGGGGCCCAGGCUUUCGAUGCUCCUGCCCUCCCAGCUCCCCAGGGCCCCGCUGUCAGAGCGCCGGAGCAAAGGGAUGUGAGGGCAGAGGUGGAGAUGGGGUCUGUGACACUGGCUGCAGUGGACCAGAAGGAAACUGGGAUGGGGGGGACUGCUCUCUGGGGGUCCUGGACCCCUGGAAGGGUUGCCCCUCCCACUCCCGCUGCUGGCUUCUCUUCCGGGAUGGGCAGUGCCACCCGCAGUGUGACUCUGAAGAGUGCUUGUUUGAUGGCUAUGACUGUGAAACUCCUCCAGCCUGCACUCCAGCCUAUGACCAGUUCUGCCGUGACCACUUCCACAAUGGGCUCUGCGAGAAGGGCUGCAACUCUCCAGAAUGUGGCUGGGAUGGGGGCGACUGCAGGCCCGAAGAUGGAAAUGCAGGGUUGGGGACCUCCCUGGCCCUCCUGGUGGUGCUGAGCCCCCCAGCCCUGGACCAGCAGCUGCUGGCCCUGGCCCGGGUGCUUUCCCUGACUCUGAGGGUGGGACUCUGGGUGAGGAAAGACAGUGAUGGCAGGGACAUGGUGUACCCCUAUCCUGGGGCCCAGGCCGAAGAGGAGCUAGGAGGAACACCAGACCUCUCUCAUCAGGGGAGAGCAACCCCUCAAACACAGCCCGUGGGCAAGGAGAAGGACUCCCUCAGCACAGGGUUUGUGGUGGUGAUGGGUGUGGAUUUGUCCCGCUGCGGCCCUGACCACCCUGCAUCCCGCUGUCCCUGGGACCCUGGGCUCCUGCUCCGCUUCCUUGCCGCCAUGGCUGCAGUGGAGGCCCUGCAGCCCCUACUGCCGGGACCCCUGCUGGCUGCCCACCCUCGUGCAGACACCGCACCCCCCGCCAACCAGCUUCCCUGGCCUGUGCUGUGCUCACCAGUGGCCGGGGUGCUACUCCUGGCCCUCGGGGCUCUUCUCGUCCUCCAGCUCAUACGGCGGCGGCGCCGAGAGCACGGGGCUCUCUGGCUGCCCCCUGGGUUCACUCGAAGGCCUGGGACUCAGCCAGCUCCCCGCCGACGCCGGCCCCCACUGGGCGAGGACAGCAUUGGCCUCAAGGCACUGAAACCAGAGGCAGAAGUUGAUGAGGAUGGAAUUAUGAUGUGCUUAGGCCCUGAGGAAGGAGAGGAGACGGGCCAGGCUGAAGAAAGGGCCUCACGCUCCAAGUGCCAGCUCUGGCCUCUGAGUGGUGACUGUCAGGAGCUCCCCCAGGCAGCCAUGCUGACUCCUCCCCAGGAAUCUGAGAUAGAUGUCCCUGACGUGGACACCCGUGGACCUGAUGGGGUGACACCCCUGAUGUCAGCAGUCUGCUGUGGGGGAGUGGAGUCCAGGACCUUCCAGGGAACAUGGCUGGGAAGCCCUGAGCCCUGGGAACCUCUGUUAGGUGGAGGGGCUUGUCCCCAGGCUCACACAGUGGGCACUGGGGAGACGCCCCUGCACCUGGCUGCCCGAUUCUCCAGGCCAACUGCUGCCCGCCGCCUCCUUGAGGCUGGAGCCAACCCCAACCAGCCAGACCGAGCAGGGCGCACCCCCCUUCACACUGCUGUGGCUGCUGAUGCUCGGGAGGUCUGCCAGCUCCUACUCCGCAGCAGACAGACAGCAGUGGAUGCACGGACAGAGGAUGGGACCACCGCCCUGAUGCUAGCCGCAAGGCUGGCUGUGGAGGACCUGGUUGAAGAACUGAUUGCAGCCCAAGCAGAUGUGGGGGCCAGAGAUAAAUGGGGGAAAACCGCGCUGCACUGGGCCGCCGCCGUGAACAACGCCCGGGCCGCCCACUCCCUUCUCCAGGCCGGAGCCGAUAAAGACGCCCAAGACGGCAGGGAGCAGACGCCGCUGUUCCUGGCAGCCCGAGAAGGGGCGGUGGAGGUAGCCCAGCUACUGCUGGGGCUGGGGGCGGCCCGAGGUCUGCGAGACCAGGCUGGCCUAGCGCCCGAGGACAUCGCCCGCCAGCGUAACCACUGGGAUCUGCUGACGCUGCUGGAAGAGGCGGGGCCACCGGAGACGCGUCUCAAGGCCACGCCCAGCCGCGGGGCGGGCGCUUUCGCGCGUGCGCGAACCGCGUCGGGAAGCGGGCCGCCGCGCGGGGGCGGGGCUCUACCGCGCUGCCGGACGCUGUCAGCCGGAGCAGGCCCGCCUGGGGGCGGAGCAGGUCUGCAAACCCGGACUUUGUCCGUAGACUUGGCCUCUCAUGGGGGCGGGGCCUAUUCGCAGUGCCGGACCCUAUUGAAAAGAGGAGCAGGAGCAGGCCCGCCCCGCCGCGGCCGGAGGUUUUCUGCAGGCAUGCGCGGGCCUCGGCCCAACCCUGCAAUGUUGCGAGGAAGAUCUGGUGUCGUGGUCGGGAGUGGGGGUGUGGCCUCAGCUGAUGACUGGCUCUGCGAUUGGGUGGCCCUGGGAUCUUGCGGUCCCGCCUCCAACACUCCAGUCCCGCCUCCUUGCCUUACUCCGUCCCCAGAGCGGGGAUCCCCUCAGGUUGCUUGGAGUCCCCCAGCCCACCAAGUGAUACCCUUAAAUGCAGGAGGCGAGGGUCAAAAAUAGAAGGCUAAUGGCAGGGAGGGAUUCUAAAAUUGAGUACCUUUAACUGACAAUCAGGUGGAAGUCCACUAGAUUUUAAAGUUCUCGAGCCCCAAAAGUAGGGGGUCGUGAGUAUGGAGUCUUUCCCAGAAAUGAGUGUAUACGCAUUCACGGCCGUCAUUGUCUUCCACGUGGAGAAUCUGCAGCCCUGGAAAGGGUUUAGGGUACUGGGAUGAAGCGGACCUAGCUGCUCUCCCAGAAAAUAAGGGUGAAGGUCUACAGAAGGGUGGGGUGGAGUGUGCUAAGUACCCUGAACUGGAACUAAGAAUUACAGAUAGGAUGUAAGGUGUUCUUUCCUAUACAGUACAUGGUUCCCAAAGGGAACCUGUAUAUCACCCAUCACACAAUCCGUACUACCCACAAAGAGCUACCAAAUAUUUAUUGAGCCAGGUAUUGUAGGUGCUGGGGUGGGGGAGAGCACCAAGGGCCACUCCAGCUGAUGACUCCUUGCAUUCUCACCACCCCCUAAACCACUGCAGGGAUGAAGUGCCACUCUUCCAGCCACUGCUAGCUCAAAUAACCGAAAUCUGUCACCAGAUAAUAAAACUGAUUUAAAGUGUUACCUUGUUUUGAAGGGGUUGGAGAAUGCUAGAAAAAAUAAGGGAGUGACUGCAUUCGUGUUUUCAGGAUUGUGUGCCCCAAAUUCAGCUUUUAGAUGGAGGCUUUGAGUAUAGUUUAUGAACAAGAAUAAGUAGAUUUGGAGAUCCUAUGUUAAUUUAGGGUACCAUGUGAAAGGAAGAGCCUAGUAUCCCAAGGUGAAACCACACACUAGACCAUGCAUACCCUUUGUCCCUCUUACAAGGGCAUUUAGUUAUAACCACUUGGGAGAUUCCCAAGGGCUCAAUCAAGUUAAGUAGAGGAAGGUGGAGAGCGCAUCUCAAACUUUAUCCACCUUUCAGCAAUGUAGCUACACCUAGUAAUGGGCCUGAGACAUGGGGGCAGGAGGCAUUCUGAAAGCUAAUAAAGUAUGCCCUGUUUUAUCACGCUUUGUUGCACUUCACAAAUAGGUGUUUUCAUCAACAUCAAGGUAAGACCCUCUCCCAACAAAAAGAUGACUCACUGAAGGCUCAGAUGAUGGUUAGCAUUUCUUAAUAAAGUAUUUUCUAAUUAAGGUAUGUACAUUUCUUUAAGGCAUUGCUAUUGCACACAAUAUUUUGAUUACAGUAUAGUUGUAAACAUAACAUACACUGGGAAACCAAAACAUUUGUGUGACUCACUUUAUUGUGAUACUUGCUUUAUUGCGGUGGUCUGGAACCAA